AUGCAUGUCGUCAAGGCUCAACUACCUGGAGGAAAAUAUGAUUUUAUCGUAAUUGGAUCUGGAUCUGCUGGAAGUGUUGUUGCAAGUCGGCUUUCAGAAAACCGUAAAGUUAGUGUUUUACUGCUUGAAGCAGGCUCAGCAACACAACCUCCUUUAGCUUUUGUUCCUGCUGCGUCGAUUAUGAAUCCUGAAAGUUCCAUUUGGAAUUGGAAAUUCACGUCAGAGCAAUCCGAAGGAAACUGCCUCGGUAUGGUGGAUCAAAAAUGUUGCUUUCCACACGGAAAACUUCUUGGCGGUACAUCAGUACUCAAUUCGAUGAUGUAUGUACGUGGUAAUAAAGCUGACUAUGAUGGAUGGGGUCUUGACGGAUGGAGUUGGGAUGAUGUGUUACCGUUCUUUAUGAAGGCUGAACGGAAUGCUUUGAACCCUGCAAGAGGAAAAUUCGAUCCGAAUGUUCAUGGCACAGAGGGAAAAAUGAAUACAAUGUUCCUGGAUUAUCGAACAAUCAUCUCAGAAGAUUUAUAUGAGGCAGCCAAAAACUUGAGCUAUGCAUGGGAAUUUGACCACAAUAAUGGAAGUCAAUUGGGAGUGCAUUAUAUGCAAAUGAACAUAAGAGAUGGACAUCGCGAGGACACAGGAACCAGAUAUAUUCGAGAUGUUCUUCCGCGAUCUAACUUAGAGUGGGUCAAAACUUUCAAGAUCAUCCUUUUAUUCUUGGACCAACGUACAUUUUAA